UGUUGUACGAGGUUUUUGAUCAUGUACUUUUGCACGUUUGGUUUACUUUUAUUACUUGUUAUUGUUUAUUCCCUCCUUUCAAAUUCUGUUUACCUCAAAAAAUCUAGCUUUGAUCCUGAUGUAGCCGAUAUACUCUAUCAUGGCGAUGCAGCAUCUUCAUCAGGCGUAAUCGAGUUAAUUAACAGUCACAUUUAUAUAUGUCGUGUCGGUUGGGCCACCUUGGCUAAGAGAGUCCCGCUUUGGGACUCAAAUUCUGGGCAGGUUUCGGAUUUCACAACUCAUUUCACUUUCAUCAUUGGCACUCAAGGUCAGUCUCAGUCCACAUAUGGCGAUGGCCUCGCCUUUUUUCUUUCUGCUGCUGGAUUUGAAAUCCCACCAAAUUCCGCUGGUGGGUUUUUAGGCCUUUUUAAUACUUCAACAAUUGAUGAUACUUCUAAGAAUCAAAUUGUUAUGGUGGAAUUUGAUUCAUUUCGAAAUGCAGAAUGGGAUCCGCAGCCUGUAAUGGGACAUGUGGGUAUAAAUAGCAAAUCUCUUAGUUCUGUUGUUUAUACUGGUUGGAAUGCGAGUUUUCAUAGCGGAGAUACUGCUGAUGUGUGGAUUUCUUACAGUGGUAGUAGUAAAAAUUUGAGUGUUUCAUGGUCUCACAAAAACACCGUAAAUCCUCAAGAAAAUUCUAGUUUACAUUGUGUAAUUGAUCUCACCAAGGUUUUGCCUGAGUUUGUUUCUAUUGGUUUUUCAGCUGCUACAGGCGCAAUCCAGGAAAGUGUUCAAAUUCUUUCAUGGGAAUUCAACUCCACCUUGGAAAUAAAUGAAUAAACUGAAAAAUUUUCAAAAAAGACAAGAACAAUAGUUGGAGUUUCAGUUUCUUUAUGUCUUCUCGGAACUGUGGCAGUAGUAGGAAUUUUGAUUUCCUGGAGGAGGAAAAGAAUAAGAGCGGUGAAA